UCUGCUAGUUAUUUGGUUCCAUCGCUGGCCGGCGUCCCACGACAACGCCACCACCAUCUCUCCAAAGUUGCCGCCGCGCUCGCAGCAUACGUUUCCUUGAUCUCAUCUUCCUCGUCUCCUCUCUCUGUCUCUCGUCUUUCUGUCUUGUGUAUCUCUCUGCACGAAAUCAAGACGACAAGAUGAACAAUCUUCUGACGGAUUCUUUUGAAAUGGACGAGAAGCCCCCAAAGGAGAGGGACAUCGAGAUGGGGCGUCGAAACUCCAAGAACAAAUCAGAUUAUGGACUCGAGGACUUCUACGAAGAAGUCAAAGACAUAGAGAUGCUUCUGGACAAGAUGUCAAACAUAGUUCAGAAACUUCAGGAAGCCAAUGAGGAGUCAAAAUCAGUCACUAAGGCAUCCGCAAUGAAAGCAAUCAAAGGGCGCAUGGAGAAAGACAUCGAUGAAGUGGGGAAGAUCGCACGUAACAUAAAAAUGAAGUUAGAGCAAAUGGACAGAAAUAAUCUUAAUAACAGAAAAAAGCCAGAUUGUGGGAAGGGGACAGGUGUAGAUAGAUCGAGGAUGUCGAUGACCAUUGCACUGAAGAAGAAGCUUAAAGAAAGAAUGAAAGAUUUCCAGAAUCUAAGGCAAACUAUCCAACAAGAGUACCGAGAAGUUGUUGAGAGGAGGAUUUUCACAGUUACUGGAACAAAGCCUUCUGAGGAGGUGGUUGACAACCUAAUUGAGACUGGCAGCAGCGAGCAGAUCUUCGAGAAAGCAAUUCAGGGAAUUGGUCGAGGGCAGAUUAUGGCCACGGUUGAAGAAAUUCAGGAACGGCAUGAUGUGGUCAUGGAUAUUGAAAAGAAGCUGCUAGAAUUGCAACAGAUUUUUACAGACAUGGCAGCACUGGUCGACGCACAAGGGGAGAUAUUGGACAACAUAGAGAGCCAAGUUCAGAAUGCUGUAAACCAUGUGCAAACUGGUACUGAAGCGCUGCGCAGCGCCAAGAACCUGCAGAAAAAGUCAAGGAAGUGCAUGAUGAUUGCAAUUAUCAUGCUUCUCGUCAUUGCAGGGAUCAUCGUGCUAUCAAUUCUGAAGCCUUGGGCUAAGUAGAACAACAAAACCCUCAUUGCGGGACGUACCUUCCAAACAUCCUGUCUGCAUCAACUUCCUUGAAACUGUCAUUGAACCUUUCUGAUGUACUACAACUAAUUUUUGGGUGCUUUAAUUAUUCAUGUGAGUACUUGAUUUCAACUAUAUGCAGGUUGAUGUAAUACAAUACCCAGUAGCAUCAGUGCGGUUUUUGAGUUCA